GAUUCUUCGUUUGAAGAUAGAUAUGAUGCCUAUCAGACUUUGGCAGAAUACAUACAAGACUUCCUGAAUCACCUCACCGAGCAACCAGCUUGUUUUGAAACUGAAAUAGAGCAGUUUGCCGAAACACUGAAUGGCUGGGUCACUGCAGAUGAAGCUUUACAAGAACUUGUUGAACUCAUCUAUCAGCAGGCCACGUCUGUUCCAAAUUUUUCCUACAUGGGAGCACGGUUGUGUAACUAUCUGUCUCACCAUCUAACCAUUAGUCCUCAAAGUGGGAACUUCCGACAGUUGUUACUUCAGAGAUGUCGAACAGAGUAUGAAAACAGAGAUGGAGCUACCAAAGGAGAUGAGAAUACUCGAAAACACUUCCAUGCCUUUGUGCUGUUCUUAGCUGAACUUUACCUUAACCUAGAGAUUAAAGGAACGAAGGGACAGGUGAUGCGAGCAGAAAUUCUUCAAGAAGGCCUUCGGGAAUUACUUAAUGCGCUCUUCUCUUAUCCUGUGGACAGUAAUUUGAUAUGUGCAGUGAAACUGCUGAAG